AUGAAACCACUCUAUAAAAAUUCGCAGAUUGGUACUGCGUCCAAUCCCUCACUGCUCCACUCUAGAAGAUCUCGUAGAUUGGUACUGCGUACACCCUCUUGCUGCAACCAGACUAGAGAAACUCGUAGAUUGGUACUGCGUACACCCUCUUGCUGCAACCAGACUAGAGAAACUCGUAGAUUGGCACUGUGUGCACCCUCUUGCUGCAACCAGACUAGAGAAACUAGUAGAUUGGUACUGCGUACACCCUCUUGCUGCAACCAGACUAGAGAAACUCGUAUAUUGGUACUGCGUACACCCUCUUGCUGCAACCAGACUAGAGAAACUCGUAGAUUGGCACUGUGUGCACCCUCUUGCUGCAACCAGACUAGAGAAACUAGUAGAUUGGUACUGCGUACACCCUCUUGCUGCAACCAGACUAGAGAAACUCGUAGAUUUUUACUGUGUGCACCCUCUUGCUGCAAUCAGACUAGAGAAACUAGUAGAUUGGUACUGCGUACACCCUCUUGCUGCAACCAGACUAGAGAAACUCGUAGAUUGGUACUGCGUACACCCUCUUGCUGCAACCAGACUAGAGAAACUCGUAGAUUGGCACUGUGCGCACCCUCUUGCUGCAACCAGACUAGAGAAACUCGUAGAUUGGCACUGUGUGUGCACCCUCUUGCUGCAACCAGACUAGAAAAACUCGUAGACUGGCACUGUGUGCACCCUCUUGCUGCAACCAGACUAGAGAAACUCGUAGUUGGUACUGUGUGCACCCUCUUGCUGCAACCAGACUAG